CCACCUACUGCCAGAUAAUGCCAUGACAAACCAUGCCCGCCAGCGCAGUCCGGAUAGUCGAAGUCGGGCCCCGCGACGGCCUACAGAACAUCAAAGAACCCAUCCCAACAGCCACAAAGGUUGAACUAAUCCGACGGCUUGAAUGGACGGGUCUGCACACUAUCGAACUGACAUCGAUCGUCUCACCGCGCGCGAUUCCCCAGUUAUCUGAUUGUCAGGACGUGCUGAGCGAUCAGAGCGUGGAGCGGUUACAAGCGGAUCCUGAUCGACGGUUCCCGGUGCUCGUGCCGAAUCUGAAGGGACUUGAUAUCGCGAUCCGAUACGGGGUUAGAGAGGUUGCGGUUUUUGUGAGCGCCACGGAGGGGUUUAGUAGGGCGAAUAUCAACUGUUCUGUGGAAGAAGGGAUACAGAGGGCGAGGUGUGUUGCGGAGAAGGCGGCGCAGUAUGGUAUUGCUGUGAGAGGGUAUGUGUCUUGCAUAUUCGCCGACCCUUACGAUGGUCCGACAGAACCAGCCGCGGUGCUGCACUGUGCGCGUGCGCUACUAGGCAUGGGAUGCUACGAAGUCAGCCUAGGCGAUACACUAGGCGUGGGAACACCAUCCAAAGUGCACAGUCUAGUGACCUACCUCGUGGAGAACGAUAUCCCCAUCGACCAAAUAGCCGGCCACUUCCACGAUACCUACGGCCAAGGCGCCUCCAACGUCUGGCAAGCAUACCAGUGCGGAAUGCGCGUGUUCGACAGCAGCGUCAGCGGCCUAGGAGGAUGUCCAUUUGCACCCGGGGCUAAGGGUAACGUCACCACUGAGGAUCUGGUGUGUAUGUUUGACAAUGCUGGUAUCGAGACCGGUGUUGAUCUUUCGGGGCUGAUCGAGACGGGGACGUGGAUAUCGGAGAGACUGUCUCGGAAGAAUGCCAGUCGGGUUCAGAAGGAGAUUUGUGCGAAUGAGAGACUUUCGACUACGUUGCGGCACGUUGCGUCGGAGAGGUCCUUGGGUAAUGCGCCGAUAUUGUGUUGACUGUCGUUACCAGACGAGGCCUGGGGUGGACUACAAUACCUAGACAGGUUGGAUGGAUACACAUUGAUGCACGCAGAGCGGAUUACUGGCCUGGUGAAGGAGUUCAGAGCAGUAUCAUCAACAUGGCUUAACCAAGACACUACUGUACAUAUGUCUACGCAUGUACUUGUAUAUAGGACAUAGACCAUCCUUAGACUGAAUCACUAUGAUUACCCUUUUCGGCGGAUCAAAGACUAGCUGAAGGACCCCGC